AUGGAAUUUGCACAGGCAUAUCGACGCUUUGGCGCCGAGGUCACGGUGAUUGAGCGAGGAGAUCAGGUUCUGCAAAAGGAGGACAGCGACGUUGCGAGUCACAUCCGAGGAAUUCUGGAAGGGGAGGGAGUUCGAUUCCUGACCAACUCCACGAUCGAGUCCGUGAGCGGACGAAAUGGCGAGCAGGUCAGUGUGAAGAUCAAGUCUGGCAACGGCACACCCUCGACAGAGAACACAUUGCAAGGGUCACAUCUUCUGGUCGCUUCUGGCCGGCUUCCAAACACAGAAGACCUGGACUUGGCCAAAGCAGGAGUCAAAAAGACCGCGGCAGGGCAUGUGCUGGUGGAUGAACAACUCCAAACAGGAGUCGCUGGCGUCUUUGCUGCUGGCGAUUGUGCAGGCAGAUUUAGGACAUAA